GAAGUCAGAUUGAACCUGUCGCAGCUACACCAUCGACAUGGGCAGCCGUUCGAGCAAGAACAAAGCCAUGGAGGUGAUAAGGUGCUUCUGCGGAUGCAGUGAGAUGACUGUCGCCGAGGUGCGGAGGAUCUACACUCUGUCGAACAGUGUGCAUGAGACGCUACUGGACGCGGAGGCCACCAGACUGCUACGCAAGUUCAUGGAGACGAGGCGCUCCGGCGACAAGACAGAGGCCGAGCAGUACCUGGACAUCUACGAGAAGUGCGCCGAAUUCCUGGCGGAGCAUCAGCGCACAUUCACCCAGGACGAGGUGGACGAACUGAUUGAUCUGGGCCUGCCCCGCGAUCUGGAGGAGGAUCUCUCCAGGCGCAUGCUCAGUGCAGAUCGGACGGAUAUCAGCAGAGGGCUCUAUCGCAUCCAGAGCAAAUGUCGAAACGAAAUCGAGGGCAGCAGCGAUUUUCGCGACUUCAGGGACGCCAUUGCUGAUAAGAUGCGUCGGGUGCCAAAAUGAUACAUAUAUUCGGUGCUAAUCAAUGCUUUUGUGUGCACUGUGCAACGCCAACCAAAGUCACACGGUUACCUUUUGGAGUACAUUCAACCCUGCUCCUCUUUUUACCUAUCCCAGUGCCUUGGAGGCCUCCACAACCAUAAAAAUAUAUUACCGCAGUCAACUUUUAGUCAUACAACGAAGAAACGGAAACCGUCCUCCUAUCGCAUGGUGUAUUCCGAGUCGUGCUAGAGCCUAAGCUCACCAAACAUUCACAUUCUACUAAACUGAACCCACAGAUACGGAACUCUCUACUUAACUUAAAAAUAUAGUUGUUUACAUAUUGUAUGCCUUGUAAUGUUUUUACGCACUAGGAAUUUGUUUUCUAU